CAAUAUAUUUACCCUUACCAGUUACUAUACUAGUUUACAUUUUACAGUUUCAGAAACCCUGUCUGUCAUUGCAACUCUCAACCACGCGCCCACGCGCCACCCACAACCACCGCACCACCAACUCUUCUCACAUCAAACGCCACCUUCAGCCACCGUUGUUGUGUGUCUUGAAUCAACAAGUCAUCUUCAAACACCUAUGGCUUCCAGGUGCCAAUUAAGAAGCGUAAACCGACAUUCAAGAAUGGAUAGACAACCAUUUGUACCAUAUACAAACAAGAAAAUCGAAACGACAAGCACGCCAGACAGCUUGUGUUGUGCGUUACAAGGCUUGACUAAUGCUCAAAAGGCUGAUAUAACGAAUAUGGGAUUUGAAUCUAUAAAGUCCUUUAGCAUACACAACAUACCAACGGGUUUAGGGUAUUGGUUGUUAGUCAACUAUGAUCAUAAACGGAGCGAGUUAAACGUUGGCGACCGUGUAAUUGAAAUCACACCAUCAAAGGUUCAUGAUGUUUUGGGAGUGCCUACGGGGACAAUUGCCGUGUUUGAGAAGAGAAAACCGAGAAAAGCAGAUGCUUUUAGAGAAGAAUGGAGGAAUCAGUUCAACCAGGAUAAAAUAACUGUUAAAAAUGUGAGUGAUAAGCUUAAAUCAUAUAGGAAUGGCGGGACGCUUUUCAAGCUUAACUUCCUUGUUCUCUUCAACUCUGUCAUGGGUGAGACAACCAAGAGAAUGUAUCCAACCGUGAAUCAUAAAUUUCUCGCAUCAAUCAUGAAUGAAGGCGACAUAUCUAGUAUGGAUUGGUGUAGCUAUAUCAUAACUUGCUUGAAGAGAACGAAAGAGGAAUGGAAUGGUACAGAGCCCUAUAAUGGCCCUUUGACUUUUCUUGCGGUUUUAUACGCACACGAGCAACAACUGAAAUGUAGCCCUGAAAAAGCAAUAACAUCGGCUAUAAAAUAUGUUACCACGGAUUAUUUAGUUGAUCUUGAGAGUUCCAUGUGUGACAAUGGACCGUGUUUGAAUGAUGACGUUGAAGAGGACAAUCAGUCAACUCAAUAUGUUGAAGUUCAAGUUGAAAUGGUAACUCAAAUUGAAUUAGAUAAAGGUCAAACCGGUGAAGUUCAAGCUGAUAUUGACCAAAAUUUGAACAUGCCCAUUGGCCCAUCGGGUGCUCAGUCACUGUCUGGAUUAUCAGCUAACCUUAGCCAUUGUAACCGAUCUGAACCGCCUAAAGAUGUGAUAUUACUUGAUGACAACGAUGAUGAUGAUGUAGUUAUCUUAGACCCCAAGCAGGAACAAUGUGAGCUGGUGGAAAAGUUCCCAUCCCGUCGAAGUGACACAGUUUGUGUCCAAGGCUACACAGUGAAGCGAGAUGUUGCAAAAAUUCUUGAAGCCAUUUUCGAGAAACACGGUGACAUUGCAGACAAAUGUGUAAUCAAAACAAAGUCUUUGAGAUCACCAAUCCUCGAGGCUGUGUGUGAAGUUGUCAAGUGGAUUCAAGUCAAUGAUGUUCUUGACAAACUUGAAGAUAUAGAGAAUCGGCUGUCGGAUAUAAAGGCACUCAACAUUGAUGUCUCAUGGCUUCAAACUCGCCUAGACGCCAUUCGUAAAAGAAAGGCGGUCAGUGAAGAGUACAAUUUGCUUAUAGAAAUGAAAGCAAACGCCCUUUCGGCUAAAAAGGCUGCCCAAAUCUGUUUGAGAAAGAGACGUGCAGAGCUCGCGGAUGCACAAGAACAAUCUAAAAGGGCUAAAAGGUGUGUGGAUGUGUUGCAUCUUGUUGGAGCGAAUCUAAUCGACCACUUCUUCAAAUCUGAGGCCAAAAUGAACUCAUGGGUAAAGGACGCGGUUGUGUAGGCUAAAUAGAUUAUGAUGUUGUGUGUAAUUAUUAGAAGAUUGUCUAGCUAGGCUAAAUGUGUGUCUUAAAACAGGUUAGUUAUUGACCAAGAGGUUGCAACCUUAAACCUUGAUAGACUAUGUUUUGAACCUUAUUAGUAAUAUUAUGCCUUUCUAGUACCCGCUCA